AUGGAGCUAAAGAACAAUACAGAAAUUUCAGAAUUUCUUCUUCUGGGAUUUUCAGAGGAACCAGAAUUGCAGUCCCUCAUAUUUGGACUUUUUUUCUCCAUGUACCUGAUCACUGUGAUUGGAAACCUGCUCAUCAUCUUGGCCACCAUCUCAGACUCCCACCUGCACAGCCCCAUGUACUUCUUCCUCUCCAACUUGUCCUUUGCUGACAUCUGUUUCACCUCCACCACGAUCCCAAAGAUGCUGGUGAACAUCCAAAUACAGAGCAAGGUCAUCACCUAUGCAGGCUGCAUCACCCAGAUGAAUUUUUUUAACCUCUUUGUUAUGGUGGACAACUUUCUCCUGACCGUAAUGGCCUAUGACCGGCAUGUGGCCAUCUGUCACCCCCUGCACUACACAAUCAUCAUGAAUCCCUGGCUUUGUGGGCAUCUUGUUCUGGCAUCCUGGACAAUGAGUGUACUAUAUUCUCUGCUGCAAAGUUUAAUGACAUUGAAGCUGUCCUUCUAUACACAUGUGGAAAUCCCACACUUUUUCUGUGAACUUAAUCAGGUGGUCCAACUUUCCUGUUCUGACACCUUUCUUAAUUAUCUGGUAAUGUACUUUGUCCUCGUGCUGCUGGGUGGUGUUCCUCUCACUGGGAUCCUUUACUCUUACUGUAAGAUAGUUUCCUCCAUAUGUAGAAUCUCAUCAGCUGAGGGGAAAUACAAAGCAUUUUCCAACUGUGCUUCUCACCUCUUAGUUGUCUCCUUAUUUUAUUGUACAGGCCUUAGUGUGUACCUUAGUUCUGCUUCAACCCACAGCUCACACUCAAAUGCAACAGCCUUAGUGAUGUACACUGUGGUCACACCCAUGCUGAACCCAUUCAUCUACAGUCUGAGAAAUAAAGAUACAAAGAGAGCUCUGAGAAGACUGUUUGGAAGAAAGCUAUAA